GUGCAGUCCAAAAUCAAACUGAAAUCUCUUUAUGUUGUUGAUACAUUCAUCCGAUCUCCUGGUGCUUCCAUCCCGUCAAACAGAGACACUUGAGGUAAUCUGCCAAAAAAAACAAGAUGAAAGACGGGAUGUGUGGUACAAUACAGUAAUACACCCGUUGUCGUCGUCGACACAAGCAACACCGAAAAGACAAGAGACAGAGAGGCAGACACAAACCAACAACCAACCCCUGUUGGCUCUAAAAGUCCUCUUGUGGGCCCCCCAUAUUGACCUCAUUCCGUCUAGACUCUCAACAGAGAACUCCAUCCGAUCCAACCCAGUCCCCAACCCAGGUCCAUCAGUGAUCAUUUCCUUUUUUCUUCGUCUCCACCCCCCUGCUCACUUGUCAGAGUGCUCGGUCCUUUGCACUUUCAGCUCACUCCCGAUUGCGACUCUGCCGGCUUCCUUUUGUCUCUGGCGUCCCCAUCCUUUCGCGUGCGUGGAAACCUACACCUGUCCACUCUCUCCGCUCCCAGCUUCAGGUCCGCCCUUCUUCGUUGAAAGGAGUCCCCUGGUAGCCUUGUUCGACUGCGCGACUGUGUUGUGCAGCUGGUGUCUUUUUCAUCCAGACUCUCUCUGUUUGAAUGUCUAGACACUAGUAGAGACAACCUCCCAGUCCCUCGGAGAAAGUCCCUAGGUUGCCUGUCCGCCCUCGUGUGUGUCUCGCCAACCUCCAUCACUCACUGGUCCACCAUCACCAUCGCCGUCGCCGCCGUCGUCAAUCUCUAUUACCAGCACCCUCACUCUCGCUACCUUUUAGUACGGCAAUCGGUCACUUUCUCUUCACUCACAAACGCUAUCCAACAC